AUGUCUUUCAUGGAACCGUUCCGCAUUAAGAUGGUAGAGCCCCUUGCAUUACUCACUAUGGAAGAGCGGAUCAAAAUAUUGGAAGACUGUGGUUGGAAUCCAUUCCAAGUUGAAGGUCGUCACGUCACCUUUGAUUUAGCUACUGAUUCUGGUACCGGCGCCAUGAGUCAAGAUCAGUGGGCAGCGAUGAUGCAGGCAGACGAGGGUUACUUUUCAUCGCGAAGCUUCAAGAAGUUGGAGGACUGCGUGAAAUCGCUAACAGGAUUUCACUUCAUGCUUCCCGCUCACCAGGGAAGGGCGGUGGAGCAUCUGUUACUUUCCAUUCUGUCAAAGCCUGGAAUGACAGUGUUCAGCAACAAUCUUUUUCUUACAACACGUGGAAAUGCUGACCUUGCUGGUUUACAUGUUGUUGAUGUUCCAUGCCAGGGAAGUCCAGAUAGCUCCUUCAAUGGGGACAUUGACUGUGAGAGGCUCAAGGUGGAACUGGAGAAAGUGGGUCCAGAACGUGCAAUGGUUGUGUUGGUCGUCGCCAGUACAAGCCCAGCGGGCCAACCAGUCUCAAUGGCAAAUAUUCAAGACCUGUCCACGAUUUGUCGCAGCUUUGAUGUCCCAUUGAUCAUGGAUGGGUGUCGCUAUGCAGAAAAUGCUUACUUCAUCAAAACACGUGACAAUGAAUACAAGAACAUGCCUUGUAAAGACAUCGCCCUGAAGAUGUUCUCCUAUUUCGAUCAUGUCUAUGUGUCAGCCAAGAAGGAUGGACUGUGUAACACAGGAGGGUUUCUUGCCACAAACAAGGAGGAUGUUUACAACAAAGCAUCAGUCAGGAUGUUUUAUACAGAAGGAUACAAGACCUAUGGUGGACUGACCGGGAGGGAUAUGGAGUCUAUGACGAUUGGCCUACGGGAGGGUAUUGAUGACAAGUUUCUACAGUAUAGAGUUGAAAGCACUCGCAUGUUUGGAGACAUUCUGAAGAAGGCCGGCGUCCAUGUCAUCGACCCAAUAGGAUGUGGAAUAUACAUAAAUGGAGCAAAAUGUCUUCCACAUAUCCCAACUUGCCAGUAUCCCGCCUUUGCUCUUCAUUGUGCCUUGUAUGUCAGUGGUGGCAUCAGAUGUAGCCAGGUGGAUGACAUCUUGAAACUUGACGAGAGCAAUGAACGAGAAAAUCCGAAAUCCCAGCAUAUUCUCCGGAUACAGAUACCAAGACGUGUCUACACUCUCGGCCACAUGCUGCACAUACGGGACAUAUUUAAGGGAAUCAUUGAAAAACGCGAGUCCAUCUCCGGCAUGCGUGUGAUCGACUUUACUUCUUCUGAUUUAAGUGCAGUCCUGGAACCUCUCAACAGGAAACUAUUUUCUGAUUGA